AUGGAGUUUGAUAGAGGUGAUUAUGAUAAUGGGGGUACUGUUAUGCUCCGAUUCGUUCGCAGUAACACUAACAUUAACAACUUAGAUUUCAUUUCCAAUAGCAAUGGACGACUCUGUCAACUGAUUUCUUCUGGAGUUUUAGUCGACUCCUUAGAUUCUAAGCAAUCCCGUAAUACACUGCUCAACUGGGCAUCUGAUUUCUCUACUGUUGAUAUUGUUAGGACAUUGUGUGAAAGUGGCGCUAGUGUUAAUCUCGCAAAUGCGAAGGGAGAAACUCCACUUUUCACAGCUGUACGCCGUGGUGAUGAACUUAUCGUGCGGCAAUUACUGGCAUCUGGUGCUGAUCCGGCGAGAAAGACUGACAGAGGUGAAGAUGCAUUUUCCAUUGCCACUGCGAAAGGAGGAGCAUUACUACCUUUGCUAAGUAUGGACAAACUAGCAAGAGCAGUUCGCCGAACUCAGUCGGUAGAAUCUGUGGACUAUGAUCGUGCAUCAAUAACCUCAGAAGCCCUAACUACGCAACUCUUCACGGACAGAACCGAAAAAUACAUGGAAGGGAAGCCCGAAUCCUGGACUGAUCUUCUAUGGCCUCAACCUAAAUUGAUUCGGAUAAAUACGUCUUCUAAGGGUUUUCCGCUCCCGAAAGACAAUAGGCUCAAAAUCUACUUUUGCGAUGCAUCAAGCGGAUGUCCUCGGAGGAUGAUGCAGGCCAUCCAAAUUAGUGCUCCUCUACUUUCCAGUGUAAAUCUGGAUCUAGAAUAUCGUGGACAUAAGACGGCUGACCACGACUCUUCUCCUUUGGAUGGAAAAGUGACAUGUGGAAUUUUCGCCGAUGGCCGUUCAUCAGGUGCAUAUGCUCUUAAUGUUGACGCACGUGGCGUUGAAAUUGUGGCGAAUGACUAUUGUGGUAUACGUUAUGGGUUCGCUACCCUCGUGCAGAUUAUUAGAUUACAGAAAUUUGCUUCCCGCCAUACAUCAGAGGAGUUCUCGCCAAAUUCUAGCUACGGUAGCUCCAUAUCUAACGGCUGGUCGAAUUCGAACGAUUCUGGAAUAAAUGGAAAUAGUGCACCUCAGAUAGAAGGUAGAUCACCGCCGGGACUCCGUGAGUCUACCGAAUUACCAGGAAUGUCCACAGAUGGAGUGAUACCGAGUCUUACUGUUCGUGAUCACCCAGACCGUCCUUUCCGAGCCAUUUUGCAGGAUUUCUCAGGUUGCCGUAUUCUGAACACAGAGACGCUACUCCAAUUGGCAACACGCUUAUCGUUUUGCAAAGCUAAUUAUUUAUUCGUUAACUUCGAAGUACGCACAACAGAUCGAUAUCAGUUGCCGUACACUAAUCGUGAUCUAUUCCAUAUGAUGCAAGUAUGCGAAGAGCUCUUUGUGACGCUCGUGCCAUCAUUAGACACCCAAUCGAACUACAUCGAACCCAACGCUGCACGAGACAUCAUUGAACAUUUCCUAGACGAUUUUCCCCUCAGCAAAACUGCACAUUUUGGACCUAAUCUAACCAGUAUACUUGUCGCCAAUAGGAAUGUGCUUGCUGCCGUUCAACGUCGUGUGCCCAAAAUAUUCCUGUCAUCGCAUGUCGAUGAGAAAAAUGCUAGCUUGCUCUCCUCCGUUCCAUCCUACGUGACCCUAUGCGUUGAAGGUUGUUUCCCAUUUGAAACUGAUCGAUUGCUCUCACCAAGAGUUUCUAUCGUUCUCAAAUUUUCAACAGGAGAUGGCGGAUAUCUAUGCGCUGCUCCAGAUUCAACAGCCAAAAAGGCUCUGUUAGCCGCAAGGCUAGGCGAAAAAUGCAAUGUUUUAGGAACUAUGGUUUGUGAUCUUUCAACGGGGUGUGAAGCAAUGCCGCCGUCGUUGUCGUAUAUGUCUCUUUUGUCCGCAUUAGGUGUUGCAUGGAAUGGAUCUUGCGAUAUGAAAAAAUUUGCCUUCCUUCAACCUGCUAUUGCUGCUCAUCAUUUCCUUAUGGAUGGUGAUAUGACGGCACUAUUUGAACAAGCGGCCACGUUAGGCCGUGUGGAACACGAGUUGACGAGGUUCUCUUGCGGAAUCUGGCGUCCAGCAUUGGCGAAUUCGACAAUUUCUGAGGAUGGUGAUGCGCAGAUCAGCGGCUUUGGACAUAACAAGAAAAUGCCCAUCUCUGUGUUUGUUGAAAUGAUUCUUAACCCCGAAAACUUGAACCUUGAGCGUCUAACACCUGUCAUCUUCAAGAAAGCAAGGAUUGAACUACGACGCAGUCUCAUGGCUUUAGAUGCUGCUAGAAAAACACUACCAUAUAACUUUGAGCUAGCACUAGUGCUCGCUGAAAUCAAGCUCGUUACUGAGUUAAUGGUGCUAACAAGCAGAUUGGGACAAGCACUAUGUAUGCAUGGUAAUAAAGUAGGAAGGGGUCGUGAGGAGGGUGUACAGUAUUCACCUGGUCGCGUUGGUGUUGGCCAUUUACCACUGACAAUACGAACGGAUCUUGCUAAUAGCCUUCUCGAAAUCCGAACACAAUUCCAACAUAUAUGGCUUUCUCGUUCCAUUCCUAGUACCUUGCCAAAUGCUUUGAAAAUGUUCGACAAUCUAUUCCGUGCGCUACUUCCGCCAGAUCUCCAAGAGAUGUCGUUCGAGCAGAUGAGAGAACAGUUACACGCUGCUAUACAAGGCGUUAACAGGUAUAAUCCAGAAAAUGUCGGUGACCUGGGAAAAUGUGUCCAAUUAAUGGCCUCUGAAAAUCAAUAUGAUCGCGAUAUUGUUCUAACAAUACUCAAGUUGUACCAGCUGAAUCCCGAUAAGUUUGAUGAAAGCAUCGUUCGACUUGUUCUGUUGAAAACAUUGAUGGUGCUACCAAGUAGUGAUUUUGCUCUUGCUAAAUGUCUUAUAGAUUCGAAUCGGCUGGGUUCUCAAGAGUUGAAAAGGGUUUUGGAUCUCGGAAGCAUUUUAGAAGCAUGUGAUUUUGCCGUUUUUUGGGCACUCAUGAAAGGAGAAUACAAGCCAAGCACUGACGUUGCCGAGCGUUUCAAAAUUCCUCAAGAAGUACCACGUAUGGUCAAAGCUGUCACGGGUUUUGAGGAAGCAGUUCGAGUUUAUGCCUGCCGAGUUAUAAGUGUGACAUUUCAAAACAUCGAAAAAGCUGUUUUGAGCCGAUUACUCGGUGGUGCUACAGAUAAGCAGGUAGCUGAUUACGCUAAAAGAUUUGGAUGGGAAGAAAAGCCAAAUGGCAUAUAUUUCAUCGCAAACCAUGAAGCAACGAUUCGUACUAGAAAUAUCGAUGAAAAGCUCCAAUUUUCGAAUGUUGCUGAUAUUCUGAGGAACAUGCCUGGAAUUCCUGUACUGGAGCAGUAA